AUGCAACACUCAUCUGAAGAUUCGAUUAGAAACCGAAAUUGCUCAAUAUCAAAGGGGCGUGCAUUAUCAACUCCCGAUGUCUAUGCAAGCCCGUUGCACCAUCAUUUGGGAAAUGGGUGGUGGAUAAUAAUGUUAAGCGUCCAUGCGCAGCGGCAGCCAAGAAAUGCGACGUCGACCAGGUCACUAAAACUCCCGAUGCCAGAAGCCAAGAAUUGUGCGCACAGCCAACUUCCUUUCAUUUUACUUCUCUGGGGGGGUCCAUCAAUUCCGUCUGCAGAAUAG